AUGAAGGAAGUGUCACCUCUCAUUCAAAAGCUCAAGCAUCUGAAAUAUCUUGAUCUUUCGGAUAAUUGGAUGAUCAAGGCGCUUCCUAAUUCUGUCACCAAUCUGGUAAAUUUGCAAGUGCUCAAGCUCAAUGGUUGCUAUAGACUUGAAGAACUACCUAGGGAUGUUGGUAAGCUAAUUAAUCUGAGGCAUCUUGAUUUAUGUAUGAAUUUAGAGUAUAUGCCUCGUGGGAUUGGGAAAUUAACUAGUCUACAGACGUUGUCAUGUUUUGUGGUUGCAAAAAAAAAGAGUUCUAAAUCUGAGAUGAUAGGUGGAUUGGAUGAGUUGAGAAUGUUAAAUGAAUUGAGAGGGAGCCUAGAAAUAAGAGUAAAGGGAUAUGAGGGUGGUUCUUGUGUAUCAGAAUUUGAAGGAGCUAAAUUGAUCGAUAAAGACUAUCUCCAGUCGUUGACCGUACGGUGGGACCCAGAGCUGGAUAGUGACUCAGAUAUUGAUUUGUAUGAUAAAAUGUUGCAAAGCCUCCGGCCAAAUUCGAAUCUUCAAGAGUUGAGAGUUGAAGGCUAUGGAGGUAUGAGGUUUCCUAGUUGGGUUUUAGAGCUCUCAAAUCUUUUAAGGAUUCGUGUAGAACGCUGUAGAAGACUUAAGCAUAUCCCUCCCUUGGAUGGAAUCCCUUCUCUUGAAGAAUUAAGUAUUGAGGGAUUGGAUGAUUUGGAGUACAUAGAUAGUGAGGGGGUUGGAGGAAAAGGAGUGUCGACGUUUUUCCCAUCCUUGAAGAGACUUGAGAUGUGGGAUUGUGGUGGACUGAAGGGAUGGUGGAAGAGAUGGAGUAGAGAUGAGAUGAAUGAUGAUAGAGAUGAGUCAACAAUAGAAGAAGGGUUGAGAAUGCUCUGUUUUCCACGUCUUUCUUCCUUAAAAAUAAGAUAUUGUCCAAAUCUGACUUCAAUGCCGUUGUUUCCAACUCUCGAUGAAGAUCUUUAUUUGUGGGGGACUAGUUCAAUGCCAUUACAGCAGACAAUGAAGAUGACAUCACCAGUCUCUUCUUCUUCAUUUAUCCGUCCUCUCUCCAAAUUGAAGAGACUAUAUAUUGGUUCAAUUGAUGACAUGGAAUCUGUUCCAGAAGUAUGGCUGCAAAAUCUCUCUUCUCUUCAACAGCUAUCGAUCUAUGAAUGUCCAAGAUUGAAGUCUCUGCCACUGCCUGAUCAGGGGAUGCAUUCUCUUCAGAAAUUACAUAUCGCUGACUGCAGAGAAUUGAAGUCGCUAUCUGAAUCUGAAUCUCAAGGGAUGAUACCCUACCUUCCCUCCUUGCAACAGUUAAUAAUCGAGGACUGCAGUGAAGAGGUGAGCGGAAGAGCAAGAGGAUGGGGAAAGGAGAGGGAGGAGGAGUGGCCUAACAUUAAACACAUUCCAGAUAUUGGAAUUGAUGGCGACUACAUUCAAAAGGAGGGUCGCUAUGUAAAGGGUGAAGGAUUGAAAUACCCUUAA